AUGGACCUGAGCUGGCAAGGGAAACAUGACAGAUUGCUAACCUUUCGUCUGCUCAGCUCCCUCGGCUCCCCACAUCGGCCAGAGAUGAAGAUCGGUGAACAAUCGGCAAAAACUUUGUUGUCCUACAUCGUCAACACUCCAAGGCGAGGAGUGGUGACCAACAGUCCUGCCUGUUUCUUCUUGCAUCCUCUCUCUCCUGUCCUUUCUUCUCCAUCCUCCCCUUCCUCCUUGUUGAGUGGUAAGGGCCCGUACCGGUACGUGGAAUCUGGGAAACUAGAAGUGGUGGCGGCGGCAGCUGCUGCAACGUUAACUUUGGGACUCUGGGUUCUGGUUCCCUGGUCUCGGGUGCUGCUGGUUGUUGUCGCUGCUCUCUUCACGUACAUCGCCUUACUAUUGGUGCUGGCAGUGUGUCUGCCUCUGAAGUCAGAGGCUGUACCUUCACUGGAGCCACAAACUGGCAUCGUGGUGGCGUUGCGUUCUCCGUCACCGCCACCCGCCAUCUUGUCCGACGUUUUGCAGCAAAGAAUGGAAGACUCUCCUCCUGUCCCUGCAGGUCACAGCCCCGUUCCUCCCCGUGGCUGCAGUCCUACUGAUGGUGGUCCUGUCCGGCCAAUAGCUUGCAUUUCUUUUCGCAUGAACAAGAGCGGGGAAACUAAAGGUGGGCGGCGGCAGCUGCUGCAACGGUAUGAACACCAGCCGUUUGUCUCCUGUCUGGCCGGCCUCUACGUUGCCAAUGGAGACGAUACCAAAGAGCCCGGGCACAGCCAGGAGAGUGCUGUUGCAGACAGGGUGGAGUGUGGCAGUUUUGGCCUCCUGAUUGUCACCUUCUUCCUGAGUUUUUUGUUCCUCUAUUUCUGGAGUGAAGCUCAGAACGACUACAUCGACUUUGACUGGUUUAACUUUGGGACUCUGGGGUUCUGGUUUCCCUGGUCUCGGGUGCUGCUGGUUGUUGCUGCUGCUCUCUUCACGUACAUCGCCUUACUAUUGGUGCUGGCAGUGUGUCUGCUCUCUGAGAGUCAGAGGCUGUACCUUCACUGGAGCCACAAGACUGGCAUCGUGGUGGCGUUGGCGUUCUCCGUCACCGCCACCGCCAUCUUGUCCGACGUUUGCAGCAAAGAAUGGAAGACUCUCCUCCUGUCCCUGCAGGUCACAGCCCCGUUCCUCCACGUGGCUGCAGUCCUACUGAUGGUGGUCCUGUCCUGGCCAAUAGCGUUGCAUUUCUUUCGCAUGAACAAGAAAGUGCGUCAGGUGGCUACCUUAGGUCUCUACCUGUCCGUGCUGUUCUCCCUCUACCUGGUCCCUCUGGGGAUGUACUCCCCCUGCAUUAAAGAGCCAGGGACGCUGGGUCCCCCCCCGACGCUCAUCGGACACAGAGGAGCUCCGAUGCUUGCUCCGGAGAAUACCGUCAUGUCGUUUGAGAAGGCCGUGGAAGCUGGAGGAGAAGGACUGGAGACCGACGUUACCAUCAGGUAUGACGGUUGUUCCCUUCCUGAUGCACGACUCCCACUCUGGAAGAGACCACCAAUGUCGCGGAGUUUUCCCAAAUCGAACGCACCUCGAUGCCUCAAUGUUCAGCUGGGCCGAGCUACAGCAGCUGAAUUCUGGCACCUGGUUCUAUUGAGGGAUCCAUUUGGGACCGUGUCGUCCUUGUCUGAGGCGGACUACUCCCGGGCCCAGAACCAGUCCGUUCCCUCGCUGGCCCAGUUUCUGAACCUAGCGGCCUCUAGCGGGAGACUGGUGCUGUUUGACCUGCACAAGCCACCGUACGGACAUCCGUACAGUCAGUCGUACAUCAACACCACUCUGCAGGUGGUGCAGGCCCACAUCAACUCCUCACAGGUGCUGUGGCUUCCUUCUGAGGACCGGGAUCUGGUCCAGGCGGUGGACCCAGAGCUGCAGCAGACCUCUGGAGAAAAGGCUUCUAUUCAGGAGCUGACCGACGGCCACAUCAACAGGCUGAACCUGCACUACAGCACCAUGUCGCAACAGCAGUUCAGUAAGUACCGUCAGUGAACAUCACAACCAACCUGUAAUGUGGAUAAUCCGAGCAGGGCUCUACACCUGGCCUGUGUGUCCGGAGACUCAGUCCCGUAACCCACCAGACUCACAUCACCCAUACUGUCAAAACGUCGCAGCGUCUUCCUCUGACUCCAGAGGAAUAUAGUUUGAUGUGGAUUCUGACCGAUACAGUGUCGGCAUUCCUCAUCAUUGCUGUUUUCUCAUUCCAUUGGUGGAGAGAGAGAGGCCUUCCCUUCUGGUCAUGCAGCCGGUUCGACUCAUGAGAACGGACCGUACACAGCAAGUUCAGGACAGAGUUGAGUGACGUGUGGUCCAUCUCCAGCAUCAUCGUCCGGCCCGACCUACGGAGCACGCCCGGUUCACCCAGCACCCCUCACCUGCCCACCAUCACAGAGGAGUGACUGGGGGAGACACACAGAGAGAGAGAGAGAGGCUAGAAAGAGAAGUACAGAAAAUGAGAGAUAGAGAUGUUGUUAAAACCUUGUGUUCAAAUCAAGUGUUUGUAGGUAACAUAAUGCAGGGCAGUUGUAUUUACAUGGCAGCAUUCAGACAUGAAGCACUUCAAAGUGCUUUAAAUCUAUCCUCUGGCACACAGGAAGCCAGUGCAGUGAUUGAGUGCAUUAAAUAUUCAUGACUAAAUUAGCAACAAUCAAAUUGGAUUAAAAACGUUCUUGGCUUUAAUUUAUAAAGCGUUUAACUUUGAAAAACGAGAUGUGGUUUGAUCAGAUUUGACAGAGCGCUGGCCACAUACUGCAAGCAAACAUCUGUCAUCCCUCUGGCAUUCAAAUGUACUUUAAUUUGCGAUGUAAUCACUGUUUUCCAACUAAGCCCUGCCCAGUGCCAGAAGCACGGAGAAACCCAAAUAGGCAGAAAUCUGUUGCAAAAAUAACCAAAACUACAUAAUAUGUAUGUGAUAAUUCAUCAUUCGUAGUAAGAAGCUGGUUGAGAAAAUGUGUUUGAAUGAAAGAGAAAGGAUAACAGAGUCUUUGAAUAAGACAUUUACAUUAAAACAUGUUAUUGAGCUGAUGCUUUUAUCCAAAGCGACUUACAAUAAGUGCGUUCAACCAUGUGGGCCCUAAGAAUUGCGCCAAAAAAUUGCAAGAAUUAUUUGAGUACAUCAACUUCAUCAAAGUUGAGAAGAAAAAAGGACAAAGUGACCAAAAACAGAACAGAGAAACAUGUUCAGUAAGUAAAGUAAGAGGCAGCAGACCUUCUCCACUUCUUCUCAUCCUCUCUCUGUGGGCCGACGGCCUGCAGGAGCUCAGCUGCUGCACCAGACCUCGUUCACUGGUCCGCCAUCAGGGACGGAGCGGAGGGACCCCCGUGUCCAUCUCCAUAAUAAAAUCUCAUAGAUGCCAUUUGAAAAA